AUGGCGACCUAUCCUUGCUCUUCAUCAAGCCGUCGCCUCUUCAUAAGUGAUCGCAGAACUAAGGUACAGUUUUUGGUCGACACAGGUUCAGACAUUUGCGUGUAUCCAAGGCGCUUAACUGCUAAACUUAAUCUACAACUAAACUAUACUUUGUCUGCAGCCAAUGGAACCAACAUACGCACGUACGGGGAUAUUAUUUUACAAUUAGAUUUUGGACUAAGAAGAAAUUUUACUUGGAGAUUCAUCGUAGCAGACGUAACAAUGCCUAUACUUGGAGCAGACUUUUUGGCGUACUACAAUAUCAUUAUCGAUAUAAAGAAUUCUCGUCUACAUGACAACCUGACAUCACUGUCAUCUCCAGGAUGUGUCACAUUCUCUCGGAUACAAAGUGUCAAACCUAUAUUUGGAGAUAGUGCAUACAAUAAAUUAUUAGCUGAUUUUCUAUCCAUCACCAGACCAUCAGGCUUGUGUCAAGAAAGCACACACAAAACAUUUCAUUAUAUCAGAACCACUCCAGGACCUCCAGUUUCUUCUAGACCACGGCGCCUCAAGCCAGAAUUACUUCGCGUAGCCAAAGAAGAAUUUAAGAAUAUGAUAGAAUUAGGCAUUGCAAGACCCUCCGAUAGUUCUUGGAUCUGA